UUAUAAAUACCUUGUCAAAAAAAUUCCAGAUGAAAUAGCCACUGGGCUCAUGAUUAUUAAAUCAGCUGAAUCUGAAGUAGACCCUAAAGAAUGAGAGGGUGAAGCAGACCAAGAGGCUCAAGAAACUCCACCAGAGCCUGAAGUGAACAAGAAACAAGAAGGUGAAGGAGAGGGAGAAGGUUAUGAAGAAAAAGAGCAAAAGGACGUGCCUAACCCAUACCUUGAGAAUGUCAAUAAAAUCCCUCCGCUAGAUCCUGAUGUCAAUAAUAUCUUAGAAGAAGAUUUAGUAACCAAGCAUCUUGAGAUAAAGAGUCUAGUCGAGCAUUUCUCUACAAAAAUGUUUGCUUGGAUUAGCGAAAACAAGAAGGAUAUGCUCAAUAAGAUCGUCUUCGAAAAUAGGGAGAUUCUUCUUGAAAACAAAGAUGAUCUCGAUGAAAAGCUCAAGUUCCAGCUCCCAAGAAAAGGAAAGCUCGAAGUUGAAGUAUAUCAGGAAAGAAAGUCCCAGAUCACUGCCCAUAAUAAAAAGUAUGAGAGGCAAAUCAGAAGUUGUCUUGAGUGUCAUAAUAACGCUGAAAAAUGAUAUGAUAAACAGCAGGAUAUGGUCAAAGGAAAUAUCCCUAACUGCAAGAAUCUCGCUGAAUUGCAGGGAACUUCAAGAUGUGAGAGGGAUAGUUUUCUAGCUCAUGCAGAUAAUGACAUCAAACUGAACAACAACAUGCUCAAAUCCUGUGUACUCUUCAACAAGGGUGGCAAUUACUCAGAGCUAGAGAUAAAAUUGUAUGAAGCACAAAUGGAAGAGAUCAACGAGAUGCUCAAAACCUUCAAAGACAAGAAGGAGAAAGAACUCGAAGAGAUCAAGGGCAAGCUCCAACAAAGGUUAUCAGAGACCUAUGAAGAGUUUGAGGGUGAAUAUAAAUCAGGCGUGCCUAAUUUGGUAGCAAAAGAAGGUUUAGGCCAGAAAUUCGGAGCACCAAGAAGAAUCAUACAGGAGAAAAUGAGAGCAGAAAUGGCUAAAUGUGAAUGUAUUGUGCAUUACGCCAAACACUUGAAAUCAGCCAAUGAAAAUAUUAACGAUACCAAGGAUUUCGAAGACGUUGCUGACAUCACUCUUGAUGAAAACCAUGCUACUAUUGACAUAACAGAGGAAGAGCAGAGUACUCUUGAAAACAGAAAGGAAAGCAAGCUUCAGCAUUUAGGCAUUAUAGGCACUACUAAAGAAGAUAUCAAGACAUUUGGCCAAAGUGUAAAAGAAAUCAAAACUAUUGCCAUCGAGAACUGUCAGAAAUUAUACGAAGGAGAGGAUGCUCAAUGGCUUAUCGGUGAUAAGCGUGAACUCUCAAGCUGAAGAAUUUCGAGUGAAAUCUAUCAGGUACUUAAAAGACGCCUUCUCAGAGUACAUCAAAUUAUCUGAGAAGAUUCCCAUGGCUAUAUUCUCGUAUAUCGAAGUGAAAUAUACAAGCAGGAUCACUUCUUCGAUCAGAACAUUGAAAGAGAGUAUAUCAUCUAUGAGAAAAGUGAUAAAGAAUUAAGAGCUAAACAUCUGCUCAGGUUCAGGCCGGAUUUAGCUAAUCCUGUCAAUGCACAGAAGCUUGAUUACCAGAACUCUGAGGCAAAGGAGCGGACUGAAAAGUGUAUGGAUACUGUGGAUGACACACAAGUCAAGCUAGUUGACCUUGAGAUUGACCUUUCAAAUGAGUUUUAUAUUGCAUACUUGAACAACCUCAGGGCAUUGCUUAAACUUCAUAUUGAAUUACCACAAGAGGAAGUAGUGGUCAAGAAGAAGUUAAACAUUAAGGUUUUAACAGCUAAAUAUCAAGGGAAGGAUCUCCUAACCCAACCAACUAGAAAGUGGGAAGGCCUCGGCUUAAACCCAUUCAAGGUUGAUCUUACUAAAUAUGAUACCUUUUACGACUAUGAAAAUCCUGAUUAAGAAAAUAAGGAAGAGCACGAGAAAGAAAAGAAGAAGGAAGCUCCCAAGAAGGGUGAAGUAGUGGUGCUUGAGAUUAAUGAACUUGAAGAAGAAGUUGAAAUUAAGAACACCCCUUAUCACAAGGCUAUUAUCAAGAGUAGAAAUGAGUAUUAUAAAAAAAAUUGAAACUAGGUUUAAGCAGAGCUUUGAUAGGAUAAUGAAAAAAUAUGAUGAUAUUAGAGAGGAAGAGGAUAACUUCAAUUAGUACUGG